AUGGCGCCUACUUUUGAGCUGGAUGUUUUGAUGCCUGACGAAGGUGAGCCAGAUAAGACAUUAAUUCCGACUGUAGAUGAUGUGAAGUUACCAGUUACACGUAAGAGUAUUGCUGCAGCUCAGAAAGCAGAUUUAACUUUGCAUAAGUGUUUUUCUUCUGUUGUACCUUUGGAGAUGGCGCGUGAGAGAAAAACCGCCUAUUAUGUAGACAACGGAUUGUUAAUGCGCAGGUGGUGCAGUAAUGUUUCUGAUCCUGAGUGGUGUACUGUAAAUCAGAUCGUUGUUCCUGUAUGUUACAGACAAGCUGUGCUUUCGUUAGCUCAUGACCAUAGCCUGUCUGGACAUUUGGGUAUUAAAAAGACAUACAACCGAAUUCUGAAGCACUUUGUUUGGCCCAGGUUAAAAUCUGAUGUUGCGAAACAUUGUCGAACCUGUCAGACUUGUCAAUUCUCGGGUAAGCCAAAUCAAAUAAUUCCGCGUGCGCCGCUUGUUCCUAUCCCUGUAGUGGGUGAACCCUUUGAGCACAUUAUUAUCGAUUGUGUCGGACCCUUACCAAAAACGAGAGCUGGGAACCAGUACUUGUUAACGAUAAUGUGUGCAGCGACACGUUUUCCAGAAGCGAUUCCAUUACGGAAGAUUACGGCUCCGGUAAUUAUUCGUGCGCUUGUGAAGUUUUUUUCAACCUUUGGGUUGCCUAGAAUUGUACAAAGUGACCAGGGGACCAAUUUUUUGUCAAAACUUUUUGCUCAAGUGUUACAGACUUUAAAGAUUUCUCACAGAGUAGCGAGUGCUUACCAUCCGGAAAGUCAAGGGGCACUCGAACGAUUCCAUCAGACAUUGAAAUCUGUGCUUCGUAAGUACUGUAUGGAUACUGGCAAAGAUUGGGACGAGGGUAUACCCUUAGUUUUAUUUGCUGUGAGGGAAGCAGUACAGGAUAGCUUGGGGUUCAGUCCUGCUGAUCUAGUGUUUGGACAUACCGUGAGGGGUCCGUUAAAAAUGCUGAAGGAGGAUAUGUUAUCUCCUGAGACGAGUUCUAAAACCAACGUGCUGGAUUAUGUAUGCAAGUUUCGCGAACGAUUACAUCAUGCUUGCUUAACAGCAAAAGAGUCAUUAGCGAAAGCGCAGGUCACUAUGAAGGAUCAUUUUGAUCUUAAAUCUGUUUCACGUCAAUUUAAUCCAGGAGAUCAAGUGCUUGUUCUCUUACCAGUUAUUGGUUCUGCGUUAUCUGCACGCUUCUCGGGUCCAUAUGAGGUAAUACAAAAAUUGAGUGACACGGACUAUGUAAUUCGUACACCUGAUCGCAGAAAAAAAUCUCGCGUAUGUCAUAUAAAUAUGCUGAAAGCAUAUUAUGUAAGGGAGUCUUCACCAGUUGUCGAAAAAAAUGUUGAGUGUAAGGUUGAUCAGUCACCUAACGUUGCGCUCACUUGUGAUGUUGUUUCUGAUGUUCCUGAUGAUGAAGACGAUGGUGUGAUAAUUCGACACACGUAUCAGCAAUGUGCUAGACUUAAGAACUCUGAAAUGCUUAUGGAUUUGUCUUCUCUUUUGUCUCACCUAUCUGAUACUCAGAAAUCUGAUGUUGAAAAUUUAAUUAAGGAUUUUCCUUCCUUAUUCUAUGAUGUUCCAACUCGUACAACUAUUGUGCAACAUGACAUUGAUGUGGGCACUGCCGCUCCGAUUAAGCAGCAUGCGUAUAGAGCAAAUGUUGAAAAACGAUCUGUCAUGAAAGCUGAGGUUGACUACUUACUAAAGAAUGGCUUGGCGAGACCGAGUUAUAGUUCGUGGAGCUCACCGUGCUUGCUGGUUACUAAAAGUGAUGGAUCUGCCAGAUUUUGUACGGAUUAUCGCAGAGUAAAUGCUGUAACAAAACCUGACUGUUUUCCAUUGCCUCGCAUGGAAGAUUGCGUUGACACACUUGGUCCUGCGAAAUUUGUCAGUAAACUAGAUUUAUUGAAGGGUUACUGGCAAGUGCCGUUAACAGCUCGUGCAUCUGAAAUUUCUGCAUUCGUGACACCCGAUUGUUUUAUGGAAUAUUGCGUAAUGGCUUUCGGGAUGCGUAACGCUCCAUCUACGUUUCAAAGGCUCAUUAAUAUUGUGCUUUCUGGUGUUCCAAAUUGUAAUGCAUAUUUGGAUGAUCUUGUGAUAUAUUCCACUGACUGGGAAGAGCAUGUUUCACUUCUUCGAGUUGUGUUUGAACGUUUGAAAAAAGCCUCACUAACGUUAAACCUUGCUAAGUGCGAGUUCGGACAAGCUACAAUCACCUAUCUGGGACGAAAAGUUGGACAAGGACAAGUAAAACCUGUGGAGGCAAAAGUAACCGCUGUUGCAGAUUUCCCCGUUCCUGUUACGCGCAAAGAGUUGCGCAGAUUUCUAGGAAUGGCCGGUUACUAUCGGAAUUUCUGUAAAAACUUUUCUACUGUCGUUAAUCCAUUGACCUCACUCCUUAGUCCUUCGUGCACAUUUAAAUGGACUGAAGCAUGUCAAAAUGCUUUUGAAAGUGUUAAGGCUUUAUUGUGCAAUGCACCUGUUUUGGCGGCACCUGACUGUGCAAAGCCUUUCAAAUUGGAGAUUGAUGCGAGUUCCGUUGGGGCUGGUGCUGUACUAUCUCAAGAAGAUGCUCAUGGUAUAGAUCACCCUGUGUGUUACUUCUCACGGUUAUUAUUUGAUCAUCCAGCACAAGAAAGGAGCGGAGAACAUCAUCGCUGAUGCCUUAUCCCGGAUUUAGUGAGUGUGGAAACUUUGUUAAAAACCACUAAAUAAUUUAAAAUU